AUGCCCACUCCCGACAAGACCAUUGCAGUCAUCAACGCCAGCGGCCGCCAGGCUGCAUCUCUGAUCCGCGUCGUCACCGUCUUGGGGUAUACCGUCCGCGCUCAGUUGCGUGACCUCGAAGGCGUUGUUGCGACCGAGGUGUCGUCCAACCCCAAUGUGGAAUGCCUUGUCGGCGAGCUUUACACGAGGCACCGACCUACCGAGGAGAACAAGGAUGUUUCCCGAAAUGGCCCACUCUCCGGAGUUGGUGUCAAUCACCAGCUCAUCGAUGAUCUUUUCCGGGGCGCCCACCUUGCCUUUAUUAACACCACGUACUACGGCAAUGAGGUUCAGAUCGGAAAGGCCCUUGCCGAUGCGGCGAAGAAGGCUGGAAUCCAGCAUUACAUCUAUUCUUCCAUGCCGGACCAUGCCCUGCACAACCCCGAGCCUCCCGCCACCUUCAUCUACACCGGCAUCUAUAACAACAACUUCACCUCGCUUCCUUACCCGCUCUUUGCCUGGAGCUGCAGCCCGACGAUAUUCAAAGACGGCCCCAGAAAAUGGGCGGGCCAGCGCGUACCCCUCGCUUAUGAAAUGUUGACGCCUCUCGAAGUUUGCGACGCGUUCCAGAGGGGAACCGGCCGCCCUGUGAAAUACGUCCGGGGUCCCAUACAAGUCAGAGUGCCAGUUCCCGAGGGCUACAGGGACCAGCUCGAGACUCUGGAGCAGCUAUUCACGAUUGGCAAGGGGGACCCUAAGAAGCAGGCGCCGCCCUACUUUGCCGACCUCGAGAUGGAGAACAGCUGCCCGGCCCAGGCGAUGCGCCUCUGGGAGGCCCCUCGUGGAAACGGCACCCGGCGAUUCGACGGCCACGACGAUUCGGGAGACGGCGAGUACUCCGACGACGGCGACGAAGAUGAAGGCCUCGUGAUGAGCAACCGCGGCGCGACCAACAAGGGCAUCUAG